GCUCGCAGUUGGCUCGCAGUGGUCGCACACACUCGCGACCGUUCGACAUUCGACCUCCUCGACCCGGAUCCUGGAUCGCAACAAAUCGCAAUAUCCAAUAGCGACACUUCGUAUCUCGUAUCUCUCCUAUGUCUAUCACGAUUUUAGUUACGCACUCUUACUCUCACAUUUGAAAUUAUCAACCUUCAAAGAUGAAAGACUAAAAUUUUCUUUUCGUUAAUUUUUGAAUUGUUUCUUUUAUUAGUGAAAAUUUAGUUUUAGCCUGAGAAACGUGCAGUGUAUUAGGUUUCUCUCUGGUACACUACACAUACCUUAUUACCGAGCCUUUCUUAUUUGUUUACUAGGGUCUCCAAUUUGUACCAAAUACCGAGCGUCAAUACAUUAUUGCAUCGAGUAUUAUACAUACGUCUUACUUGUCGGUAUAAUACCAAUAUACGAUAUAAACGCCGUAGACUCGACGCGGCAUCUCGCGGCAUCUCACGCAAUCUCAUGCAAUCUCACGCAAUCUCACGUCUCCACGGCCUCGACUGCCUCGACACGUCGCGGUGGCGUUGUUACAUUAAAACUAUUUUUAUUUAUUAUUUCUUUAUGCAAACCACGACAUGUUUCGUGUAAUAUGGUACAAUUAAUCAUUUGAUUAAUUUUGAAUACUUGAAAUGCUAAUUAGAGAUUGCUAAAAAAAAAAAAAAAAUAUGGCAAACUAAAUAAAGAUUAUAAUAGGGAAAUAAUUGAGGAUAUCAAAGAUAUACUUUUUUUGGAGAAAAUAAUUUCUCCGUCAAAUAGAGUAGAACUCUCGUGGAAGAAAAAAGGCACAAUGACUCGUCUUAUAUUCAACUUAAAUAAUUAUAUUCAUUCGUAAAGAAAUUGGUAAAAGUAUGCAUAGUUGCAGAGUAUAAAAGACGCAAACGUGUGGUAAGAGUUAUCUCAAGUGGGUGGCGGCGGGGAUUCCUCGUUCGCUUUCGGUGAACGUCUGUCACGAUUAGCGAUGAUAACAGACCUCGCAAACUUGUGUGACGAGACCUUUCGACGAAAUAAAACGCGUGAGCUCGACGUGGUGGAGAUGCACGAAGGAAUGGUAUCUAGCGUCUCGCUUGGAUUUUUUUGCCGAGGGGUCGUGAAAGUGGUGACGUGGACAAGGAAAUGUUGGAUACGUUUCGUCAAAUGGAAACAUCCGAAUUACGUCGUUGUGGAGGAGACUAGUGUUCGGAGCAUCUUGGACCAGGGUCGCAAUCACGGCAUAUGUACCCUUCUCGUGCAAGGACGUUCGAUCGUGAAGAACGUAAGCGCUCACCUGGCGCAUCUCACCUCGACGAGAAGAUUUCUUAAAUCGGCUCUUCUCACGCGAUGGGGUGUAUACGUAUGGAAAGAACUCGAUUACUUUUCCGUGGACAAUCAUCUCGCAAAUUCACCGUGCAGCUUUCGAGGUCGUCCCAUCACCGAGAACAAUAUACAGGAAUACAUAAGCGACGUCACAUCCAAGUUUCUCCCGAGGAAAUUACCGCCUUGGCAGGUGCACGUAGUCAACUGUUUCGUGCGAGGAGAAGAACAUCAGAUAUGUCUAGUGCGAGCGCAUCACCUGCUCCUGCGACAGGAGCAUUUAACGUUGGCGGAUUUCUUGCCCUUGAGAUAUUCGACGGACAACUGGACUUGUCAAGAGAGCGAUUCGCCCUUUACGAAUCUAUACGUUCAACCUUCCGCCCUACCGCGUCUCCGACAACUGCUGAUCGAAAGUUUUAGCAACUACUGGAAUGACUUUCUUUACAAUAAUGAUCCUACCGAGCGACCGGAGAUUCUGAAGAAACGUAUAGGGGUAUUUCAGUGCGUCAAGAUCGCGACGAUAGUGCUAGUUUGCACUCUGAAAGAACUGGUCAGACAGUGGCGAAAGUCGGAGGGACCAAAGUUUCUAUCGCUCCUGCUGGAGUUCCUGUCGAUCGUUCGGCGCGAAUCGAACAAGAGAAAUUUCAAUUGUCGCUUGAUACUGGACUCGAUCGCGAAAUCUUUCAACCCAAUCGACGUUCUCUACACGUGCGUCGCUCUGUCCUGGUACAUGACGAUUACGUCCUUGUUAAAGACGCCUCUUUUGCUCGCCCGAGAAUUGCGAGCUCUACAGUCGCGGCAGAAACAUUGUUAUCCAGACACCUUGACGUACACGCUGUCCUGUUAUCUUCCCCUGACAAUCCAGGCGAUUCGGGAGACGGUGUCCAUUAGCUGGAUAGCCGUAACUGCGCCUAAAAUCAUAAUCGAGGAACUAUUUCUCAAGCAUUCGCAAUCGAAUCGAUUGCAGACCAUCUCACCGUGCGGUAGGAAGGUGGUGGCUUGGUCGGAAAAGGUCGACGUCGAGCUCGUACGAAAAAUCGCCAGAGUGACUGGCGCGACAGAGACGGAGAUUCUUUUAGCGGCUACCGUCGACGCUUUGAAAGAGUACUUUCGACAUUCGGCCGUCAACGUUCCAGACGACGUAUUCGCGACCGUCAAGUACGUGAGUCAGCGAGCGGUAUUCCUACGAAAUCACGAAGCCAGGGGCAUCCUCUGUGUCGCCUUACCCACCAAAACGCCCUUGUUUCACGACGAUCUCAUUGAGAUAUUACAGAUCUCUCUCCAACGCGUCGCGUUUCCCCAAGGUUAUUCAGCGAAACGUGCAGGAUGCCAGAUCCCGGCAGAGCGCAAUUUACGCUAUCACGGCAACGGAAACGUCCUGCGGAUUAAUUUCCUCCUGCGUACCGUCCAUCGUUUUGAAAUUACUUUUAAAUCAACUAUCGAAAAGAUACUCUCUAUGUUUGACGCACGUCGAUGGAGAUUUACCUGUGGAGGGCAUAGACGGAGCGGUCUAUUGGCGACCACCGCAAGGAAACUGCAACAUGUCUAUGACUCUACACAGACAUGGAAACGGAGUACGCCUUGGUAUAAUGGGAGACGCCUUGAUCGGUCCUCAACAUUUUAUCGUUGCAAGAACAUUCCCUAAGAGCGUACGAAAUCUUGCCGGUGUUUUAGGCGUUCCGAGAGCACCCAGUCGAAGUCCGAGCCCUAAUGCGCUCAAUCCGACUACGCCUCCAGGAUACUGAGAGAUGAUCGAGAGAUGCUUGCACAUUCAUUACGAGAGGCCGCAGAAAAUUGCAAUUUUUCUUGCUCAACCUCGUAUACCAUGUGCUAUAUUUAAAAAAAAAAUGUUUUUUCUUUAAAAAAUAUAUAAAAUCGGUUAACUUUGAAACAGCUAAUGAUCAAAAUACUGAUUGUGUUAUCGUAUUUAUAAAAUAAAAAGAAAUAUGAUUGUACAUUCGAGCUGGAAAACGGGGUUGACGGUAGACAGGCUAGCUAAAUCGCUCGCUAAAUAAUAAUUUUACAUUCCACAAAAGUUUACUACGGUUACUAUUUAUCUUUGUUUACUCAUUCUUCAGAUAUUAAUUCACAGGUAUCUGCUGAAGCAUAUCGAAAUUAUAAAUUUGAUGCUUGCAUCUUAUAGAUGGAAUGAGACGCGUAUAAUUUACAUAUUAUCGUCAUGACAGAUGUUUAAUGUUACGUUAUCAUCCAAUGACAUAAUCGAACAAAUAAAACUGAAUCAAAUAAAGUAGCUAAUUUAACAGUUUAUGGCAAAAUUUUCCCCGCAAAGUUACAUAAAUUUGUGUCCUACACGUUUACAUCUUCUAACAAAGUACUAAUGUAAAUGUUAUAUUAUUUGAGUACUUAUCUAAUCUUUGGAUCAAUAACAUUAAUAACAAAGACUAUU